AUGUUCACGGAACGGAACAACCUGCAGCGCCACCUGCGGAUCCACACGGGGUUCAAGCCGUACCGGUGCCCGCUCUGCCCGUACGAGUCGAACCGCAACGGGAACCUGGUCAGGCACAUGGAGUUCAAGCACGGCAGGACCCACAGUGAAAGGUUCCUAGUUGCACUUAAGUUGCCCUUAGAUGUUGAAGCACCAGUUGGUGACGACAACGGCAGGUCUGAGCCUCGCCUUGUGUUGCAGGGAAGCCAGGCUUGUCGGGCAGGACUCGGUACCUUCACCAGCUGCCCCACCUGCGGCCAGCGCUUCCACGGCGUGUACCAGAAGUACAACCUGAAGCGGCACAUGAGCAUUCACACGGGGGAGCGGCCGUACCCGUGCCCGCGCUGCCCCGCCGCCUUCAACCAGAAGUGCAACAUGAAGCGGCAUCUCGAGUCAGUCCACGGCGAGCAAGCGGGCGGCGGCCAGGCGGCGGCGGGGGCGGCGGGCCUCCACGACGCCAAUGCCCACGUGCCCGGGGUGGCGGAGCGCGCAGACGGUCGGGCCAACCCCCCCGGAGGCCGACUCGACGAGAAGCAGGCGGCGGCCCAGGGGGGCGAGUGGGAAUUUAUUUCCCCCUUUGUGGAACAAGUGUUAUUUUAUUUUCAGUUGCACAAUAGAGUUUAUUUUUUUAUGAGAAUGACUGUUGGGCAUUAUGUUUUGGCCCGGAUGCCCUCCUCCGCCGAGAGGCUCGAGGGCACAGAUGUGGCAGCGGGUGUGAGUUGUGUGGCUGCCCGGGCGCCUUGGCCCGCCGCCGAGAGGCCGUGGCCGCGACCCCAGGCUAGCGUCCGGUGUCUGAGAGUCGCUCCUGACCUGGGUGUUAUUUUCCAGGUGGCCUCCAGAGACCCCCAGGCUCGACCCCAAGGGCACUCUCACCUCUCCACCUCAGAGGUCGCCAUCGCAAGGGCCCUCCUCACCAUCCCCGAGCAGUCAGCUGCUUUCUCCUCGGCGGCGGCGGCCUCCUCCUCCUCCUCGCCGUUUAUCCCCUCCGCCCUGCCUAAGCGCACGCUGGCCUCCGCCCCGCGCCGCGCGGGGGCCAUGACCAAGCUCGUGGGCUGUGCCGUGAGCGCCCCCAGCGUGAGCAUCAGCAGCGCCGGCCAGGCCGCCCCCAUGGCCACCCUGCGCUGCUCCACCUGCCCCGAGUGCGGCAAGAUUUUCCGCGGCGACUACCACAAGUACAACCUGAAGAAGCACCUGACGAUCCACGCGGGGCUGCGGCCGUUCCCGUGCCCCGUGUGCAACCUGGCCUUCAACCAGAAGGUGUCCAUGAAGCGCCACUUCGCGUCCGUGCACCGCUCCGUGGACCCCAUCGCGCCCGUCAGCCAGUAGCCCGGAGCCUCGUGGGAAGUGGGCGCCGGGAGUCGAGAGGUGCGGAGGGAGCCCCGGGAAGGCGAGCGGGCGUCCUGGGCCAGUGAGGAGCAGCGCCGUUACCUUGUUUGCGUUUAUUUCUUGGCGUCAAAAGGCAAAUACUCGUUAGUUUAGGGCCCGUGUGGCCGAGUCUGGUUGGGGAGGAACGCCAGCGCGGUGGGGCAUCGGCCGACGUGGCUUUUUAGUCUUGCAGAUUAUCGCAAAUGCUUAGUAGAAAGUUUAAAAAAUGCGUAACAACAUAAUGAUUAAAAAAACAAAAAACAAAAACAAAAACUAAGAGACAAGCAAAAAUGAUUAUUCUGAUAUAAAACUAUUCUUAAUUCUUACUUUAUAUUUUGUGUACCAACACCACUAGCUUAG